AUGGUCUGGAGGUAUCGAACUGGAGGAUGGAGGAAGGAGGUUAAAUCACCAAAUGAUGUAGCCGAGGCUGAAGCAAACCUGGAGAAAGUGGAGAAGAAACUGAGAGAAAUGGGACUAGAACUGAAUAAAAAGAAGACGAAAUGGAUGGGCAGUACAGGAAUAGACCGAGACCAAUCUCUAGGUCUUGGAGGUGAGUCUAUCGAAAGAGUGGCUGCCUUUAUAUACCUCGGUUCAGAGAUCAGUUUCCCAAGGAAUCCAGAAUUCGAAGUGGGAGCACGAGCAAGAAUGGCAUGGUCAACUUUCCAAAGAUGGAGAGAAGUACUAACCAGUCCAAGGACCAGACUACGACUCAAGCGGAAGUUCUACAUGACUUGCCUGUUACCUACAAUAACUUAUGGAGCCGAGUGCUGGAGUCUCACAGUGAAAGCCAGAUGGAAGUUGAUUAGAACGGUCAGAAAGAUGGAAAGAAUGAUGUUGGGAAUAACAUGGAGAGAUAAAAGAAGAAGUGCUGAGAUCAGAAGAAGGACGGGACUCAAGAGCGCCAGUCUUGUAGCGACUGAGAAGAAGUGGAACUGUGCUUGGAAGAUGUUGACAGCACAAGAUGAACGAUGGAUAAAGAAGAUCAUAAUGUGGAUCCCCCCCAGGCAAGAGACCCGUUGGAAGACCGAGACUACGAUGGACAGACGAAUUUAG